AUGGACGGAAAGCUGAGCAAAAAGCAAAGAAAGGCACAAGAAGCGAGGCAGAAAUUGAAAAGUAAGAAAUCAUCAAAAGAAGACGAGCAAGUGGAUCUCCCUGAAGAAGAUAUUCCAGUUGAUGAAGUACAGUCAACUAAGGCAAAUGCUAGGGCGGAAGAGGAGGCAUAUGCGCCUAUAGAUGAUGACAAACAAGCUAAGAAAGCAGCAAAGGAGCAGAAGAAGAUUGAGAAAGCAGAUAGUGAUAAAAAGCACAAGAAGCGUAAGAGAGAUGAGGAUGAAGAGGAGCACAAGGAGCAGCAGGCUAGUGAAGAAAUACCCGGAUUUGUGAAGAAGGAUGCUCUCUCUGAAGCUGCCAAAAAUGCAAAGAAGAAGCGUAAAGGUGGUGAAGCUAGGUUUAUCACUUUUGUUGGAAAUUUACCAUUCGAUAUAACCGUUGAAGGGAUCAUAAAGCACUUCAAUAAGUGCGGUCAAGUGCCUGAAGUACGAUUGUUAACUAAUAGAACGAGAGAAGAUGGGAAAUGGCAGGCUAAAUCUAAAGGCGCAGCCUUCUUAGAAUGGGACACAGUUGAUGCUUUACAAAAGGCGCUUAAAUAUCACCACACACACCUUGGUAAACGUAGUAUAAAUGUAGAGCUAAGUGCAGGCGGCGGUGGUAAAUCUAAGAAUAGACUGCAAAAGAUCAAUGCUCGCAACGCAGAUCUUGACACGCAACGAGCAAAAACAUACAACAAGAAGAUUGGUCCAGCUAAAGAAGCUCACAAGACGGAAAUGGCAGAACAAGGUGGAAAGCAAAGAGACUCUACCACUUCUGGUGUUGCUCCAAAAGCUAAGCCUGCACCCUCCCAGAAAACACAAAAUGAUAGUAAUAACACUAGCAAGAAGAGCACUUAUAAACCUUCAGGUGCCAAUGUUAUUCCACUUGGAUGA